CGCACGUAAUUGAAAAGCAAGGUAACCGAUGAGAACUAUAGACGCGGCCUGUAUAUGCUGCAAAGCCUACGAUAUAAUUUAUCUUUACUGCAGAUUUCCUGGGUUUUUUAAAUUUUACAGCAUUUUUUUUAUCGAUUCAUGAUGACGAAAUAUCCUAUGGAAAGCGAUCGAAUUCGUAGGGUUUUUUUUAUUUGUUUGUGAGCUUAUCUAAUAUAAAUUACAACUGAGAUAGACAGAAUGAGGUGGAUUCUCUUUUGUGAGUAUAUGAAAAAUUUUAAUUGAGUCGUACCAUUCCAUAACUAUCCCAUUACAUACCUGCAAGCCGCCUGUGUGUCAGUAGAUUUCUGGCGAUUGUGGUCUCGAUGUUUGGAGGUUUUUUAGAAACGGUUAGAUUUAACUUAAUGAUAAUGAUUAUGUAUUUCCUCAUGCUCAAUAAACGAUGGGUUCAAAUUUGAAUAUGAUAGAAUUAUCCCCUCAAACAUUGGAAAAAGCAUUUUUAGAAUUAAACGAACAACCGCAACAACGACAGAAUGCCAUUACUGAGUUAAGACAUCGUAUUCAGUUACAAAGUUUACAAGGAUGCCUGGCUGAUGAAUUUCUUCUACGUUUUCUACGUGCUAAAAAAUUUAAUCAGGAUAAUGCAUUCAGACUGUAUACAAAUUAUUACAUAUUAAGAUUACGCUAUCCAGAUAUAUUCAAUGAUUUAAGACCAUCAUUAGUUGAACACGUAUUUCAAAGUGGAGUUGUAUGUCGAUUGCCUCAACCAGAUUCAGAAGGUAGAGCACUUAUCUACUUUAGACCAGGUCUAUGGAAUCCUGCAGAAUGGUCAACAAACGAUAUAUUUCGUGCUAAUGUACUUGUCAUCGAAGAAUUAUUAUUGUCUUGGCCAGCUGUACAAGUGCAUGGAGUAAUAAUUCUAGUGGACCUAUCAGGCUUUUCCUGGAGACAUGCCAUUAAUUUAAUGUCUCCUUGGUUUCUACAUCGAGCAGUACAUUUUUUACAAGGUUCAAGUCCUGUACGAGUAAAAGCUGUCCAUAUUUUCAAUAGUCCUUAUAUGUUUUCUAAAAUAUAUUCAACAUUAGUACCUUUGUUAAAACCGAAAAAUCAAGCACGUGUCGUUAUGCACAAUACAUCAUUAGAAAGUCUUCAUGCUGCAAUCCCUCCCCAUCUACUCCCAUGUAAUGGUGGUUUAAACGGAACUGGACCUCCAGUUCCAUCACCUGAAUAUAUCAAUGGUUUAUUAAACUUGGAAGAUUAUUUCAUUGAAAUGAAUAAAUAUCCAUAUCAUAUUAAUAGUAUAUCUGAAAUGUGAACAAUUGAUAAUCUAUAAACUGUUUAUUUGUAAAUUAUAUUAUUUGUCUAUGUAGAUUAUUAUCAUUAUGUUACUUAUUUUUUAAACGGACAUAUAUGUGAUAUAAAUAUAUUUCAUGUGUUCUUCUCUUAUGUACACUCACUCAUUCAUCAUCUGAUCAUAUUGAUAUACGUAUAGUUUAUGUUUAAUCUCUUUGUUCACUGAUCCGUUUUAUUAUUAUAAAUGACAAUGACAUAACAGAUAUAUGGAGAGUCUUUCAAAUUUAUAUUCAGUGUUGAUUUUUGUCUCCUGUUUUUCUACUUUCACUACUAAUUUCUCGAAAAUAUAUUCAUUUUGUUUCA